AAUUGCGCGGCGACUUUACCCUUCUCCACCCGGGGAGCUGCUGUCACUUCUCCUCCAAUCUCUGCUGCACGAGCAGCAGCCCGUGAACAAGCCAGGGAGGAGAGACAUCCCAUCGUCACACCCACCGCCUGCCUCCUCCCUCUCCUGCUGCUGGUGCUUGCUUCCUGGAGCUUGGGACAUUGUUUAACAACAAUCACUGUGGGGGAACUUGGAUGAUCAGGGAAGGACCGGGGACGCUGACUGCUCCCCAGUCCCCUCCAGCACCCAGUGCCUCUCCCUGAAUCCCAGGCUGGACCAUGCAGUGCUUCUGGAGACAACCCAAACACAGCAAGUCCCAGGACAACUUCUUGCAGGAGCAGAGCAAUAGAGUGGCAACGCAGAAUGGCAUCAGACUGGGCCUGCAAGAUGACAGGGAUCUGAUAUUCCUCCUGAAGGGCAGCCAGCUGCUGAAAGUGAAGUCCAGCUCUUGGAGAAAGGAGAGGUUUUACAAGCUUCAGGAAGACUGCAAAACUAUAUGGCAGGAAUCCAAGAAGAUGCUGAGGUCUCCAGAAUCACAGCUCUUCUCCAUUGAAGAUAUUCGGGAUGUGAGGCUCGGUCACAUGACAGAGGGGAUGGAAAAGUACGCCAAAGAUGUCCCUGAGCAUCGCUGUUUUUCCAUCAUCUUUAAAGACCAACGGAAAAACCUGGAUCUUAUUGCCAGUUCUGAAGAUGAUGCCAACCACUGGACUACAGGCCUGAAGAAAAUCAUAGCCAAGAACAAUUCCAUGAGCCAGAGGCAGAAACUCCAACACUGGAUUCACUCCUGCUUGCGGAAAGCCGAUAAGAACAAAGACAACAAGAUGAGCUUUAAAGAGCUCAAGAGCUUCCUGAAAGAAGUGAACAUUCAAAUGGAUGACAGUUAUGCCAAGCAGAUCUUCCAGCAGUGUGACAAAUCCAAGACAGAGACCUUGGAAGAUGAGGAGAUAGAGACAUUUUACAAGAUGCUGACUGAGCGGGCGGAGAUAGACGGGAUCUUCGCAAAAUACUCCAGUGCCGAAGGGAUCAUGUCCAGGGACAACCUGCUGAGGUUCCUCCGAGAAAAGCAGCGGGAGGAGGAUGCUGUCCCUGAAUCUGCACUCUCCCUGAUCGAGAGAUAUGAACCCAACGAAACAGCCAAGAAACAACAGCUCAUGACCAAAGAUGGUUUCCUGAUGUAUCUGCUGUCUGCUGAGGGGAACAUAUUCAACUCCUCUCACUGUAAAGUUUACCAGGACAUGACUCAGCCCCUCAGUCACUACUUCGUGUCGUCGUCACACAAUACCUAUCUAAUGGAAGACCAGAUCAGAGGGCCCAGUAGCACAGAGGCCUAUAUCAGAGCCCUGACCAAAGGCUGCCGCUGUGUGGAGCUGGACUGCUGGGAUGGUCCUAACUCAGAGCCUGUCAUUUAUCAUGGCUACACACUCACCUCCAAGAUCCUCUUCAGUGACGCCAUAAAGGCCAUCAAGAACUAUGCUUUCAAAACCUCUCCAUACCCGGUAAUCAUUUCCUUGGAGAACCACUGUAGCCUGGAACAGCAGAAGAUGAUGGCUCAGCACAUGAAGACAAUCCUAGGGGACAUGCUGCUGGUAAUGCCAGUUGAUGGAAAUACAUCAGACUUCCCCUCGCCAGAGCAAUUAAAGGGGAAGAUCCUUGUGAAGGGAAAGAAGUUGAACAGCCUGGAGGAAACCAUAGGGAUGAACGGGAACAGUAGCAUAGAGGCUGAAGAUGUCUCCGAUGAGGAUGAAGCAGCCGAAAUGGAAGAUGAGUCUGUGAAGAAGGAGGUAGAGCAGAAGAGGACGAGCGCCAAAUUAAAGCUGGCCAAGGAGUUAUCGGACAUUGUCAUCUACUGCAAGAGCGUCCACUUCCAGGGCUUCGACAACAUCACCUCCCCCCGCGCCUUCUACGAGAUGUCGUCCUUCACCGAGAGCAAAGCCCAGAAACUGGCGCAGGAGUCAGGAACCAGUUUUAUUCAUCACAACGUCAGGCAUUUGAGCCGGGUCUAUCCUGCUGGCUGGAGGACCGAUUCUUCCAACUAUAACCCAGUUGACUUGUGGAACGUUGGCUGUCAGAUCAUUGCCUUGAAUUUCCAGACGCCAGGCCCAGAAAUGGAUGUUUACCAGGGUCGAUUCCAGGACAAUGGGUUUUCUGGGUAUGUCCUAAAGCCACGCUUCCUUCGGGAUAAGCAAUCCAAAUUCAAUCCAAAAUCCAUCACAGAAGGAGCCUGGUGGAUGCGGAAGAAACUCCAGAUUAAAAUCAUCUCCGGCCAGCAGCUGCCCAAGGUGAACAAAAGCAAAAACUCCAUCGUCGAUCCAAGGGUGACAGUCGAGAUCCAUGGGGUCCAGCGGGACAAUGGCAAGAAACAAACCAAAGUCAUUGAAAACAACGGCUUCAACCCAAAGUGGGAUGAAGAGUUUGGAUUUGACAUUGACGUCCCCGAACUCGCUCUGGUCCGUUUUGUGGUGGAAGACUUUGAUGUAUCAACCAAAAAUGACUUCAUUGGACAAUACACCAUCCCCUUUACCUGUCUAAAGCAAGGCUACCGCCACAUUCAUCUUUUGACCAAGAAUGGGGACCCAUACCCAUCAGCCAUGCUUUUUGUGCACAUCAAUAUUCUGGACAAUAAUUAGAAACAGCAGAGGAACCCAUCUUUCAAGAAUCAAUGGACACUGCUACAGACUAAAAAUGAACCGAAAUCUGCCCUCAUCCCUACCCUGUGCAAUCCCCAGUGCCUUCUCUGGGUUUGGGAGAGGUAUCAGUCAGUGCAGCCUGACUCCCGUGCUGCUAAAAAUACCUUUAUUCUGUACACACCCGCCAUUCAUUAUGCUGAAAAUAUUCUGACACUGCUGUUGAGAUUUUGUCAAUAAGAUAUUCAACACGUUUUGAUUUUUAAUGAAUGGUAAUUCUUCUUUUACUCCUAUUUUUAUAGAGCAGUUUAAGGAUUUUAAAUGAAUUUUAGCUUAGUGAGGGGUGUUGUGUUUGUUCAAUGGAAGGCAAAUGUGACACUUGCAUCCUUGUCAUUGUAAAGGUGCACAUCCAAACUUUGUAUAAGCAAUAUAUGGUGGACAAAUAAGCCCUGAUCCAAAGGCCAGUGAAGUCAGUGGACAAACACCUGUUGGCUUCAGAUCAAGCCCAUACUCCACUCUUUUAAAUCCUAAAUUGAGACACAGUUCUGUGCUCUUUAUUACAGUAUAAAAAGCUACACUACAAAGAUCACCUUUAUUUUGUAAUAUGAUGAAAAAUACAUGAACACUACUCCACUGAUGUGCUAUUUGCAUCCAGCAUGAACAGGGCUGAGUCACAUUCUUCAAAGGAAAGAAGAAGUUGUAAGUGGGGGGAAUUCUUUUUUAAACACAGGAUGACCACAGAGACUUAAUUUCACGGAAGACAAUGUAAGUGUAUUAAACUGAACGUAUGAAAGGUUGUUGUUUUUAAAUACAGUCUGUAAAACAUUUUCCGUGUGUAUGGAAAACAUCUUUUUGAAGGAGAUGCUGAGAAAAAGGCAGUAGAAAGAAUAAUUUUAAAUGUUUAUCUGGUUAUGAUUUCACUGGAUGGAACUGAACAUCACAGCACAGUAAAAAUAGACAGCAGCUCUCUGAACAUGAAACCAGUAAGGUGUGUGGGUUGUUUUGUUUUUUCCAAAAUAUAGCAAUAGAGCUAGAGGAAUAAUGUAGAGAGAAAAUAAUAUAUUUUCAAAAAUUGUCCACACUUGUGUUACUGAUCAUACUUCAGACUAUUAAAAACGGAAGCUUUCUGAAAAAUAGCGGAUUUAUUUUUCAUCCUUUCUCCUCUUUUGUUACUUCUUGUAAUGCAAGCGGGAAGAAUGUAAGUCUUGUCUGUUUCAUUGUCCAUAUUUAGUCAGUUUCACUUUGUUCUAAUGCAUGAUACAAUAAGAGGCACAAAGCAAUUGGGUGAAGGAAAGAUGUCAGUGUCUCUUUGAGUCCUGUUCCACUCACUCCCCCACGCUCCCUUGGCCCAAAAUAGCCCAGGUGAGUGACUUUUAGCCAACACAACAAAACCCUUCUAUUCACUAGGGCUUCUGGUGGAAGAUGUAUUUUGCUGCAGUAUUUGCUAGCAGCUAUGUUAACCUUUCUUCUGGACACACUGCUGUUGGCUGGUGUUCUAAACCAUUAACUGUUUGAUUGUUGUUUGGGGGACUUAGACUUGUGUCUAAUCAUUAAAAAUACCCAGCCAAACCCUUACUUUAAAUUAGUUACGGGCAGCUAAGGGAGCACAAGUGUUAGCGACAGCAGUACAAGCAGGUAAGAUAUAGUUCAGCAUAGCCUUGUUUUCUACAAACGUAGUAUAUUGCUACAAGAGCUAACGGCUUCUUAGCACAAGGGCUCUUUGAUAGCACGCACUCACGCUAUAGAGCACUCUCUGGUCAGGAAUACCCUGAUCGCACACUAUGCUUUCCCUAGCUGCUUACCAAAACCUCCCAGAGCAUAGGCCCAUGAUUCAUUUUUAUAGUCUUGCAGCAAUCAAGAGGGAAAAAGUCAGGAAACCCAGGUGCCUCUUAUAAAAGAGGCUGCAAACUACCUGAAGGUCUUUGGAAUCCAUCUUAGCCCUAAACAAACCCCUCUAUAGCAUAACCUUCCCUUUUAGCCAGAGGACACAGAGUGUUGUUUUUGGAGCAGAUAGAGCAGGACUUCCAUGCUGGCGUCCUGUAGCACGUGGAUUUGUUAGAAACUGGCAGCCGACUCUUGUGUUUUACCUCUGAGGAAGUUCAGACGCCAGGUGUGUGUUGUGGAACUGCUGGGGAGCAGGAGUGUUGGUUCAGAAAAAAAAUCAGUGGUGAGACAGAGCUGCCUCUGAAUCCCUGCUUUCGCCUUCCUGAUGAGGCUCUGGCUGCUUGUGAGGGGUUUGUGGGCUGGUCCCAUCCUAGAGGGGGGCCAGGAUCAGGGGUGACUCACCAAUAGCCGGCCUGGGGCAUCCCUGCUUUCUCUGCGCUCAGCAUUGGCCCAGGCUGCGGUGGCUACUUUCUAUUUGGCUGGCCAGAGGCUGCUUGAGACAAUCUGCCGUCCCCCUCUUCAUGGGCUUGGGGCAGUGCAUUUGGCAUGGUUCCCCUCUAGCAUGAGGCCAAAAAAUUGCCAGGCCAAAUUUAAGUGAGUGGCAUUGCGACCUGGUGCACAGGGUCACAGUGCCACACAAAUUUGGCCCGGCUGCCUCUCUCUCAUGUCGGAGGGAAAACCAGGCCAAAUCUGCUGCUUAAAGUAGCUGCCUAAAAGUCAGAGGGGAACCAAGGUCCUGGGAGGGGCAACUGUUCCCCUGUGCCACAGCUAAUGAGGCCCCUAUUGGGGAGCGAGUAAUGUACUGGCACUGGGUUUGGUUGUCAUGGUUCGUGCUAGUGACAUGAGCGAAAAACCUCUCUGUGCCUCAGUUUCUCAUUU